AUGUCGUUUAACAGUUUUAAUGAUGGUUAUUCUAAUAAUUCUAAUGAUCGCCGAUAUCGUCCUAAUUUUACAUACAACGCUAAUGGCCGGAGUUUCAGCGGUAGCAAGGAUACGGAUUUAAGAAGAGAAAGUCAGAAAAGAGAUCGUCGAGAUUUUGAUGAUUGGGAUUCAAGAAGGGGUCCAAGCAAGAGGUGGGCUGGUGACAAUGAUUUCAGUAGUGGUUAUAACAGUCAAGGAAGUUAUGGUUUCUCCAAUGAUGAUGAUAAUAGUUACUGGAGUAGAAAUAGUAGUAGUGGGGGUAGUGUUAGAUCAUCGUCAUAUCAAGAUGAGUAUGAUGAUGAGGAAGAUGAUCGUAAUUAUUCUUCCAGAGACCAAAGUAAUCGUAGUGGUAACAUAAACAGUACAAUAUUUAUUGGCGGCCUGCCGACAUUCAUCACGGAAUUUGACAUAAAGGAAAAUUUGGGACAGUACAGAUUGAAAGCAAGGGAUAUCAGAAUCGUCCGGAAGAAAGAUCCAGGCUCGAAUAGAGGUUUUGCUUUCGUCGAGUUCUAUACGACUUCAGAUGCUAAUCGAUGGAUGUCUCAAACAAAGGGCGUUCUGAACUUUUGCGACGGAGUUAAUACGACGUUGAGUUUUUCAAAGAGCGAAAGUGCCGGCGCUGGAGGAGUGGAAGGUAGUGGGGCAGGAGAAGUAGGGGAGUUUGGAGGGCUGGGGCUGGGUCUCGCUAAUAAAAAUGUCCCCGACAUGCCGCCUGUUAUCUGCAAGGGAGAUUGGAGGUGUCACAAGUGCGGCUGCAUCAACUUCAGAAGGAGAGAGAAGUGUUUCAAAUGCAAACUCGAAAGGGAGGAGACAGAUUAUGAAGUUGUCGCCCAGGAUGGGUCCGACUAUAUUGGAAUCAUGCCUACCGAAACCAUGCUGAUCAGAGGUUUGAACACACUCACUGAUGAAGCUAGAGUUAAACAAGUUCUCUUUUACGCAACCAAGGUCACUGUAAAAGAUGUAUUUAUAGCUCGGAAUUUCCAGGAUAAAAUUAGCGCCGGUUUCGGUUUCAUUCAGCUGGACAAUUCCGGCGAUAGCGUGACCAUUAUGGACGCCGUCAGGGAGGCUGGACACCCCUUGCAAGUGGACGGGUCUCCUGUCCAGAUCAAUUACUCUAAAGUUUCGUUUCGGAAUCUUAUAAAUGCUCUAAGCAAGAGGGGAUUCACAAUCAGUACGCUGAAAGAGCAGGAAGGAGAGGAACUAGAUGAUGAUGGUGAUGAUGGUAACUACGAUGAUCAUGACGAUGAUGUCGCUACUACUGCUACCACUACUACUACUAAUAGAAGUAGUAGUAGUAGCCACAGUAGGAGUAGUAGUCAUAGUAGGGAUAGCGUUAGAGAUUAUGAUAGAGACAACAAUUCUAGGAGUAGAACUGCACCAGAUCAGUCAAGGUAUGUGUUUGACGAGACGUCUGGCUAUUAUUACGAUUCAACCACAGAUCUCUACUAUGAUAAGGGCUCUCAGUAUUUUUACGACAACAAGACGUCGUGCUUCUUGUACUGGGACGACACAGUGAACGCAUACGUAGAAGUACCAAACGAUAAUAAUAACGAUAAUAAUAAUAAUAAUAAUAAUAAUGAAGCUAGUGGCGGUGACUCUGAGGAGUUACCGCCAUUGGACAAGGAUGAAGAAGGUAAGCUGAAGAAAGUUCAAGAAGCCAAGAAGAUUGCAUUGGAAAUGGAAAAAUGGGCGAAACAGCAGAACGAAAAGAAAGAUUGCGGUUUCAAAAAGCCUCUGCCGUUCAUGGCCCCGCCCAGAAAAAUUUCCGCUGCAAACAACAAAAUGGCAUCUGAUGUUGGGUUCACUAAUAAAGGAAAGAUCGACAUAAAAUUAGGGAAAGAAACUCCUGGCAGCAGUGGCGAGGCUGGGUCUAGUGGCGGUAGCAAAAAAUCUAAUCUCAAUGUUUUGUCAAAGCUAGUUGAUUCAUACGGAGGGAGUGAUAGCGACGACGAUGACGACGGUCCAGCUACUACAGCCCAGCGAGAGCUGCUGGCUUUGGAAGAAAAAAUGACCGACUACGCUAAAAUGACAUGCCUCCUAUGCAAAAGGGCUUUUACAUCAGUUGAGAUGCUCAAGAAACAUAAGAUGCUGUCUGAUCUACAUAAGACCAACCUGAAGAAGUUGCAAGAGAAAUUAUCAGGGAAAGUUACGACCAUCAACAACAACCCGAAAUGAAUGAACAAGCGAAUGAAUGAAUGAAUAAAUGAAUGAAUAAAUGAGUGCAUGAAUGAAGAAUUUUGUGAAUGACUUAAUUUUGAACUGCUUUUUCUAAACCAACAAAUAUAUAAUAAUCAAUAAUAAUGAUAAUGUUUAUAUUAAUAAUAGUAAUAUUAAUAAUAAUUCAGUUUAAAUGUAUAUUUUUGUUGUAUAAUAUAUAACAUUCUUAUGAUAUAUAUAUCAUUUUAUUUUGUUUAUCAUUUUAUACAAUCGGUUUAUCAUUCAUUCGGUUAUUUAUCCGUUCGUUCGUUCAUUUCAUCCAUUCAUCCUUACGUCUAUUUAAUCAAUCAAUCAUUCAUUCUUCUUUUCAUUCGUUUAUUCGAGUGAUUGAUUGAGA